GCAAGACUGGUUAUGCGGUUCUCUAGCCCUAGACGACCUAGCGAGACCGAAGGGUCAACGCAUGCUUUGCUAUGUUGUCGGGUAUUUACUGCGCAUCAGUUUAUGUGAAUAACGGGUUGCACCAAGCACGGUCUUCAGGGUCACAGUCCGGCGAAUGGGGCAGUGGCUCUGGAAAGGGCGGCGGCGGUGGUGGCAGCGUUCGUGAGGCUGGCGGAGCUUUUGGCAAGAUGGAGGCGGCUCGGGAGGAAGAGUACUUUCGCAAACUGCAAGCUCAGCAAAUUACAGUGCUGAAGGAGCACAUUGAAGACGAAAUCAAGCAACAUGAAAAACUUAUCAAGCAGCAUCAGGAGGAGAUUGAGAGGCACAAGAAGAAAAUUCGGGAUCUCAAGGAGCACUAAGCUGGAAUUUUUGAGAGCCCGAGUCUCCACAUAUUCCAUUUUUGUUAAUUUUUUUUCUUUCCUCUUGCGUGCUGUAUGCGUGUAACGAGCAAGCCCCCAGUGAGCAGUGUUUUUGUAGCUAGGGUGAAGUAAAGAAGUUGCAAGGUUG